AUGGAGUAUCCGGACAAUAUCCACCCACCGCACGGGCAAUCUCUGGAUGAUUAUGGCUACCCGGCUGUUAACGAGACAAUGCACUACCCAUGGCAGGGUCACCAGCCACCGGCUCAGCCAGAGCCUUCCAUCCACUCCGUCUUGGACCCUCGUCUCUAUAGAGACUUGUUCACCGGGAAUGAUACACAACCACCAGACGAACAGCCCGGGGACGAAGCUAUGGGCGAAUAUGCCGAAGAGGAUGUCGACUCAGACUCUCUCUAUUCCUUGGACGAGGAAGAAUAUGAAGCCCAUCCAGAUGACGGAGACGACAGUGAUUCAGUCUCGCGCCGUCGUCGUCGCAAGAAAGGUCCCUUUAGUGGCCGCUAUGGUGCCCGAGGCAUGAAAGGAGUUAAACGAGGCCCUCGCAAGCCAUUGGAACCGAGCCCGGAAUUCAAGAUCCUGCACUCUGAGGCCACCUCCGCAUUCAUUGAUGGAGAUUAUGACCGUGCCAUUGUCUUGGUCAAGCAAGCCAUUCAGGUCAACCCCGAGAUGUUUGCUGCGCAUUCGCUUCUUUCCGAAAUCUUCUUGGCCCAGGGUGAGCACGACAAAGCGCUGACGGCAUUGUUUAACGGUGCUCAUACGCGACCAAAGGACCCGGGGGUAUGGGCCAAAGUGGCCAGGAUGAUUCUGGACCGCAGCGGGGAGGACCGCACAAGCGCCUUGAACGACGUCGUCUAUUGUUAUAGUCGAGUGCUCGAUAUUCAACCACAAAAUUACACGGUCAGGUUCCAGCGAGCGGCCAUCUACAGGGAGCUCAACCACAACGGAAAAGCUGCGACUGAAUAUGAGAGGAUCCUGCGUGAGCGGCCAAACGACACGCGAGCGCUCCGCCAUCUUGCAGAGACGUUGAUUGAUACUCAGGAGCCCCACAAGGCGGUCGAUAUAUGGUCGAAGAGCAUGGAUUACAUUCUGACUUAUGAGCCCCAGGAUGUGCCUGAUUUUUCCUGGUCGGAUGUCAACAUUUAUGCUGAACUGCACAGCAUGGUGGGCCGUCCUUUCGAGGGGCUGAAGGCCACCAAGAACCUGUCCAGGUGGCUGCUGGGUCGGAAUCAGGAUACAAUGUGGAAAGAAUUCCACGAAGAUGAUCGCGAGUGGGACGCGGAUGAUUCGCCUCGACGGAUAAAGACGGAUGGAUAUAUUCCGCGACGCUGGCAUCGCGAUUCGUAUGGAUUGGGUCUACCACUGGAACUCCGAAUCAAACUUGGUCUAUUCCGACUCAAGAUGGGGUAUGACCACAAAGAUGAAGCAUUGCAUCAUUUCGAAUGGUUGGAUCCAGAAGACACCUCGGAGGAUGCUCGAUUAUAUGAUUAUGGAGACUUGUUCCGUGAGGUCGCGGAUGCUCUGAAGGAAGUCGGGUUGCUCCAAGAGGCGCUCAGAUUCUAUACUCCAUUGCAGCAGACAAAUGAGUAUGCAGAUGUUGGCUUCUUCAUGGCCCUUGGUGACUGCUACCGGCUAUUGGGCAAACUGGAAGAUGCAGAAAACUGCUACCUUACCGUGGCAGAGUAUGACGCGCAACAUAUCGACUCACGAGUCCAGCUUGCGAAAUUAUAUGAAGAGAUUGGAAUGACCGAGCAGGCGCUCAGAUUCGUCAACGAAGCAGUUCUUCUCGGGAGACAGGAAACCCGGGCCCAUAGACGACGAAAGGACACAAGACUGGAACAGCUAGCGAUGGAGUUUCGAUCAGCGGAAUCGGGGUCUGUCGUGCCAGAAUCAGUCUCCCCAGACAUGCCGACGGCCGCCGUCCUCACCACCCCUGCUGCACCAGCCUUGAACAAGAGGCAGGUCGAAUUCGAUGAAGGACAGAGGAAAGCCAACGUGCAGUUCCUCUACGGCAAGCUCCUCCAGUUACAUGACGCAGUCAAAAGUGGGAGCGAUGAGGCCAUGGAAGACUGGCUGGAUAUCGCCGAUGCUCUGUUACGCGAAUUCCGUUCCAACCGAGUAUUCUAUCCACUUCAACGGCACAUGACCUUCUUGGGGUACUCGCGAGAGGCACAGAGAAAGAAGGGCAAGGGCCGAAGCCUUAUUGAUGAGAUGCAAGAGAUGGCAGGUCGUCUUCAUGAGUCCUUAGGGAAUAUCACGGACGAGCCGUUGCAGGGCACUAUCCCUACUGAUUAUCACGGGAUCAGCUUCGAGGAGUGGCUCGAUCUGUUUCUCCAGUAUGCUCUCUAUGUGGCGGCGCAAGGCGAAUCUGACGAAGCGUAUGAUACGCUUGCAGCCGCUGCAGAUGCCAGCGUCUGGUACCAUUCUAAACCCAGCACCCGGAUGAUUCACGUCUGUUGGUUUACUUGCGCUCUUCGAAUGCAGGACGAAGAGACCCUCGCGAACGAGGCGCGUUGGUUCAUCAAAGAAUACCAAUUCGUGACAGACACGUAUCGCCUGUUUGCCAUGCUGAGCCGUCUCAGCGGUGACCCUCAGCGGUCCCUCUUCCAUUCUUCCCCCAACAUGAAGUUCAUGCUGCGUCAGAUCAAGGCCAUGGACUUCACCCUACCAGACAAUAUCGCGGGGGCCCGACCGAACCGGCCGCGAGAGUCGAUCUAUCAAGAGCGAGCCUCCCUAUCAACGCGCGACGAGACGGGAGAAGCCAUCUCGGCCGAAGAGAUGGAUAUCGCUUUGAUAGUGCUGUACGGGCAGAUCUUGUACUCCGGCAACAGUUUCUACCCGGCUCUGAACUACCUCUUCCGUGCCUACGCGCUGGACGACCAGAAUCCCGUGGUCCUGCUGUCCAUCGCCCUCUGCUACAUCCACCAGUCCCUAAAACGACAGUCCGAGAACCGGCACUACCUCAUCAUGCAGGGACUCUCCUUCAUGCAGGAGUAUCGACGUGUCCGCGAACGGCCAGGGUCGCUGCUCUCCGAGCGGCAGGAGAUGGAAUUCAACUUCGCCCGCGUCUGGCACACCCUGGGGCUCGCGCAUCUAGCGGCCGAAGGGUACCAUCGCGUGCUAGAGAUGGGCAAACAGAUCCAAGCGCAAUCCAAACCGGAUUCCCGGCCAAGCCCUGGAUUGAUAAAAGAGCACGACGAUGUUGUCAUGGCCGAUGCAAGCGCCGGGAACGAUGAAGGCGCUGCUCCCUUCGUGGAGGACUUUUCGCGGGAAGCCGCGGUAGCAUUGCAGAACAUCUACGCCCUGAGCGGUGACAUCCGAUCUGCGCAGCAGGUGACUGCCCAAUGGCUGGUUAUUUAG